AUGCCAGCGGCUCCAGCAGGGCAGAGGGUCUUUUUUGCAUCGAAUCUGCGCGACAAUGCGCCGCUCAUGCCUCACUACAUAACCCAGAUGCUGUUCACUGUCACAGCCCUCCCUGUUGGGAGUGCCUUUGUGUCCAUCUAUGAGAGCGGCAGCACGGACGCAACAGGCGGUAAAGCUCGGCCGGAUGGCAAAGACCGAAUCCACCACCUAGCACACAUGCGAAACCUGGCCACCAAAAAGAUGCGGCAGGGGCCAAAUGGGGAGCUGCCGCGGUGGCACGCGGACAGGCUGGUGUUUAUAAAUGACGUGUACUUCUGCGCGCGCGACGCGCUGCGCCUGCUGCACCACGUCAGCGCUGACCUGGCGUGCAGCAUGGACUUCCUGCAGUGGAAGGACGCGCCCUCCACCGUCAACGUGUACCCCUACGGCGUCGACGGCCCCCCUCUCUCGGUGGUGGCGGACCCGGAGAAGCUGCAGUUCUAUGACGUGUGGGUGGCGCGCGACGUGGAGGGCAAGCCGCUUUCUAAUACAUCUCCCUUUGUGAACCACGGCUACUCGCUGCAGCGGCUGCGGCGGGGGCUACCCUUCCCGGUGUCCUGCUGCUGGAACGGCAUGCUUUCCAUCAACGCCGAGCCCUUCCGGCUAGGCUACGAGUUCAGGGCGGGGGGUGAGGGGGAGUGCAGGGAGUCGGAGACAUCUGUGAUGUGUAAGGAUUUCCUGCGCAUGGGCUACUCCAAUUUCAUCGUCGACCCCGCCGUGCGCCUAGCGUAUCACCCUGGGGAGGCCCGCCAGCUGUACACCUCCAAGGUGGACAUUCCUGUGGCGCCCUGGGGUGAGGUGGCAGCCGCACCGGAAAUCGAUUUUGAAUUUGCGCCGCGCAAGUUCCACAUGACAUGCUGUGACAAAGCGGGUGACGGCAGUGAUGAUGUGGAUUUCUUCAAGUGCCGGCCUCUCCCUGAAGUGUUUUCGCGCUCUGUUCCCGUUGCAUCGGCGGCGUGA